GUCUCCGGAGCUUGCGCCAGGCUGUUUGCGGCGUCCCCAACUUAGACGCAGGUUUUGGAAGCGGGCGAGGGAGAGGGUGUUGUUGCUGGAGCUGAGACCAGACGGCCAGAGUCCUCAGGGAUGAACCUCGAGUUGCUGGAGUCCUUUGGGCAGAAUUAUCCAGAGGAAGCUGAUGGAACUUUGGAUUGUAUCAGCAUGGCCCUGACUUGCACCUUUAACAGGUGGGGCACACUGCUUGCAGUUGGCUGUAAUGAUGGCCGAAUUGUCAUCUGGGAUUUCUUGACAAGAGGCAUUGCUAAAAUAAUUAGUGCGCACAUUCAUCCAGUCUGUUCUUUAUGCUGGAGUCGAGAUGGUCAUAAGCUCGUGAGCGCUUCCACUGAUAACAUAGUGUCACAGUGGGAUGUCCUUUCAGGCGACUGCGACCAGAGGUUUCGAUUCCCUUCACCCAUCUUAAAAGUCCAGUAUCACCCGCGAGAUCAGAACAAGGUUCUCGUGUGUCCCAUGAAAUCUGCUCCUGUCAUGUUGACCCUUUCAGAUUCCAAACAUGUUGUUCUGCCCGUAGACGAUGACUCCGAUUUGAACGUGGUUGCAUCUUUUGAUAGGCGAGGAGAAUAUAUCUAUACAGGAAAUGCAAAAGGCAAGAUUUUGGUCCUAAAAACAGAUUCUCAGGAUCUUGUUGCUUCCUUCAGAGUAACAACUGGAACAAGUAAUACCACGGCCAUUAAAUCAAUAGAGUUUGCCCGGAAGGGGAGUUGCUUUUUAAUUAACACAGCAGAUCGAAUAAUCAGAGUUUAUGAUGGUAGAGAAAUCUUAACCUGUGGAAGAGAUGGAGAGCCUGAACCCAUGCAGAAAUUGCAGGACUUGGUGAAUAGGACCCCAUGGAAGAAAUGCUGUUUCUCUGGGGAUGGGGAAUACAUAGUGGCAGGGUCAGCCCGGCAGCAUGCCCUGUACAUCUGGGAGAAGAGCAUCGGCAACCUGGUGAAGAUUCUCCAUGGGACGAGAGGAGAACUUCUCUUGGAUGUAGCUUGGCAUCCUGUUCGACCCAUCAUAGCAUCUAUUUCUAGUGGAGUGGUAUCUAUCUGGGCACAAAAUCAAGUAGAAAAUUGGAGUGCAUUUGCACCAGACUUCAAAGAAUUGGAUGAAAAUGUAGAAUAUGAAGAAAGGGAAUCAGAGUUUGAUAUUGAAGAUGAAGAUAAGAGUGAGCCUGAACAGACAGGGGCUGAUGCUGCAGAGGAUGAGGAAGUGGAUGUCACCAGUGUGGACCCUAUUGCCGCCUUCUGUAGCAGUGAUGAAGAGCUGGAAGAUUCAAAGGCUCUAUUAUAUUUACCCAUUGCCCCUGAGGUAGAAGACCCAGAAGAAAAUCCUUAUGGCCCCCCACCGGAUGCAGUCCAAACCUCCUUGAUGGACGAAGGGGCUGGUUCAGAGAAGAAGAGGCAGUCUUCAACAGAUGGGUCCCAGCCACCUAAGAAGAAACCCAAAACAACCAAUAUUGAACUGCAAGGAGUACCAAAUGAUGAAGUCCAUCCACUACUGGGUGUGAAGGGGGAUGGCAAAUCCAAGAAGAAGCAAGCAGGCCGGCCUAAAGGAUCAAAAGGUAAAGAGAAAGAUUCUCCAUUUAAACCGAAACUCUACAAAGGGGACAGAGGUUUACCUCUGGAAGGAUCAGCGAAGGGUAAAGUGCAGGCGGAGCUCAGCCAGCCCUUGACAGCAGGGGGAGCAAUCUCAGAACUGUUAUGAAGACCCUUGAAGUUCUUCGUUCUUCCCUGCUUUGCCAUCGUGUGGCCUCUGGACAUUGUGGUCAGUCAUUUGAGAUUGACUUUAAUUUAAAACAAAGGCCUCUGUCUUCCACCCAGGAGGUGGAAGGAGUGAAUUUUAUGUUUGAAUGAAGACGUGAAUUAUGGAAGAAGAGUAUACGUCCCUUCCCUUUCAAGCAUAAGUCCAAAUAGGCUCUCAGGAAUGAGGAUUUGUGAAGACAUCAAACAGGAGUUUUGACUCAUUUAAACGUUAUUGCUUGUUAUGUUGCUGGAGAAGAGAUUCCUGUUUUGCUUGUCUGUCUUACCGUACCCAGCAUCAUUUCGGCCUGUCAUUUCCUAUCUCUUACUUGCCUUCCCUCCUCAGUGCAUGUCCUUGAAUGACCCGUUCUUAUCUGAAAUUUUGCUACCUGUAUCCUAGAAAAACUUCUGUUGCACAUUCUUUUUUCCGUUUACCAGUUACUUCCUAUGUUUCCAUAUUGUGUUACAAAGGAUGGGCAGAAAAAGUGCUUGAAAGAGUUCAGAUUUUCCGAAAGGGAAGAAAGAUAAGAAAGGCCCCCUCUUUUUAACAUACUGUAGUAACAUUUUGCUCAAGAAGCUGAGCUGUGAAAGGGUCAGGAUUUUUCUUUGUUUCCUUUUCACUGCAUAUUUCCCUCCAGUAUUGGUUCAUUCUCACUAAUCAUGGUUUUUGAAGAGAGCUAGUUCAUUUGUCUCCAGCAAGGAAUCAUCAGUAGUUUGUAUUGCUUUACCUGUACUGGCUUCCAGAGAGGGAAACAAACCCAGGUGUCUUUUAGCAAGCUUUUUUUUUUUUAAUGGGAUGGGGGAAUCUAUGCAAGGACUAAAAUAAAACUGUCCAAAAUCAAAGCAGCAACAACACAGUUCAAAUAAAAAAUCAAGGAAC